AUGGGGGGUCUUAAAUACGCCUAUUUUUGCUGCUCGGGACCCAAAUUAAGUAAAUUAGAUCGCUUUCUUGCUUGUGCCAACUUCAUCAAACAUCACCCAUCUCUUGCAGCCACUGCACUCCCUCGUGAGUUAUCGGACCACUCUCCAAUCACUUUGAUCUCUAGCGUUGUGGAUUUUGGGCCAUCCCCGUUCAAAUUCUUUAAUUCAUGGCUUUUGGUGGAAGGAAUUAAUGAGGUUGUUACAACUGCAUGGUCAGAGUUCAAAGGAUAUGGAACCGCUGAUAUGCAGUUAAUGGCCAGACUUAGACAUGUUAAAUAUGUUGUAAGAAAUUGGAGGAACAUGAAAUUCAAAGAAGAAAACAAGGAGCUGAUUGAUCUUAAAGAGGAGAAAGCACGUAUGGAGUUAGUUGCUGAGUCUCGACCUUUAUCAGAUGAUGAGUUGAAGGCAUUAUGUAAUGGUGCCCAAAGAAUUCUGGAGCUUGAAAAGCUUAAAUCGUUGGAUCUCAGACAGAAAGCAAGGAUCAGAUGGACAAUAGACGGAGAUGAAAAUUCGAAAUUUUUUCACGGGGUCAUUAACAGUAAAAAUAAGAGGAAUCGUAUUCAGGGCUUAUCAAUAAAUGGCAGGUGGACGACUGAUGUUAACAGAAAUAAAGACUGA